GAGGAAGAAAAGUCACCCUGAAAUUUGCUGAUUUAACAGAGCACAAACAACGUUGACCUCGAGGGAUAGAUUCACUGAGUUCAUGGUGAUUUGUGUUUAACUAGAAACCACUCCAGAUGAAUGCUUUGGAGAGGACUUCAGUCUUGGGGUUACUGAUCUCCAUCACUAUUUUGGUGCCUGAGUCAAGUCAUUCAAUUAUGGCAGGAAAAUGGCAGGAAUCACGGGCUUAUCAGCAUCAGGAUCCACAGUAUAAUCACCAUCAGGAGCCACAGGAUGAUCCAUAUCUUAUUCCAUUUGAUAUCACUACAGUGUCUGUACAGAUAGGCACAAAGGCUGUGCUGCACUGCCCUCAAACUCCAUCAAAAAAGGCAAAAUUUAUAAUAUGGGAAAUAGCUCUCAUAAGUCAGCCUCCCUGCACAAUAUCCUACAGAGUAGAAAACAACGAGACCCAUAAAGGCUGCGCUGAUGAAAGAAUCACCUGGGCCUCCACACCUGACCAGAGUCCUGACCUUCAGAUCAAUGCAGUGGCCCUCGGUCAUGAUGGGCAUUAUUCAUGUCAAAUACACACACUCAUGAAGAAUUUCCAACAAGAAUAUAGCUUCCAUGUGAUAGUCCCCCCAGAAGUAACCCUAGUUCAAGGCGAAAACAGAACUGCAGUUUGUGAGACAAUUGCAGGCAAGCCAAUUGCACAGAUCUUUUGGACUCCAGAUGGGGAUUGUAAAACAGUGACUGCAUCACACAGCAAUGGCACCGAGACUGUCAGGAGCACAUGCCACUGGGAGCACAACAAUGUGUCUGAUGUCUUCUGCUUUGUCUCCUAUCUGACUGGCAGCAAGCUUAUGUCCAUAGAACUGAAUCAAGUUACAGGUGUCACCAGCACACUGAGUUCCCUGCUGAUCAUUCUCUAUAUGAAACUGUCCCUCCUGGGGAUUAUUCUGCUCACUGUAGGAUUUGCUUUCUUCAAGAAGAGCAAUUAUUUCAGAAAGUGAAAAUCCAGAUAUCUGAAGCCCAUAAAUCUGAUGACAUAAUGCAAGAAAGCAACCACCUGCAGUCACCUUUGUUGACAUCCAGCUUACAUGCUCCUAAUGUCUUCACAUCUGUUAGAAGUCAUGUGAUGAUGACAGUUAUGCAGUAUGACUAUACAGGCAAAAAUAUUGGUGCUUAUCAUCAUACAUGCUAUGAACAACUAUCUACUCUCUACCUUCCCCACUUCUCAGGUUGAAGAAGAAGAUGGCUUAGCAAAAGGUCAACAACAGUGCUGGGUGUAUUUCCUUCACCCACAUCCUCCAUGAAUGGCUUCUACCAACUUCCUGUUCCUAGAUUCAUUUUAUGUGAUCAUAAAUGUUACACUUUCAGGUGCUGUGAGAAGCAACAUCUUCAAGUCAGUCCACUAACUGGCCUUCUUUGCUUGCUUUCUACCAAGUAGCUAGACAGUUGCCUUUUGUAAUAAUAAUUAAAUAGCUAGCUAGGAGCCAUUUUUUAGCAGUAUCUCUGCAUUUUAAAAGUUGGACCCAGGGAAGGUACUACCAGUAGAAUGAAGAUAACACUGAAAAUCCCCUUACUAUUUUGAACCCCAUUGUCUCAAUUCCCCUUGCUGUCUGCAUUGUGACUUACACAGAGGUUAGGAUGGAUCAAUAUGGGUAAGGGUAAGAUACUGGUAAACACUAAAACUGUACAUCAAGAAGAAAAAGAUAAUGAUGUAGGAGGAUCUUCUAUCUAUCUGUUGCUUUCAUUGGUUAAUAAAGAAAACUGCUUGGCCUGAUAGGUCAGAACAUAGGUAGGUGGGGAAGACAGAACAGAAUGCUGGGAGAAAGAAAGCAGAGUCAGGCAGAUGCCAUGAU